AUGACGCGGACACGGAGCGGCAUGACACGGAUGGGGCGCACUCUGAAUGAAUUGGCAAAAGACAGUGUCACGUCCGCGCUGCCACGUCAUAUUUUAAUCGGGCAUUUGACUAAUGAUGAGAUGCGCUCGGGAUCGGACGUGGCGGCGGUCGGAGGGGAGGCGGCGGCGGGGGCUACGGGAGAGCCCGACACGAAGAUUGAUGUCGCCGGGCGCGAUAGGCAUCUGGGCGGUUUUUGUGGCGCGUUCCCAGGCGGCGCGGCGGGGGCCCAGCGCGCGACAUCCGUCUUGCACUGUCACCAGCCGCGGCCACGGCUCGACCCCAGUCCG